AUGGAGAAGUUGAUGAUGAUGGGAAUCAAAAAGAAGCAAGAGUCGUACUAUGAAUUAUUUCCCUCCGCUGACAAGAAUGUAAAAGUAAAGGAGAUCGUUCAUGGCACGACCGGUAGUGGAAAGACAAUGAUUCGACGGGGUCUUGUGAUAACUAAAAGCUUCAAGGCUGGUGAAGUCAUAUAUAGUGAGAAGCCAGUCGUUGCUCAACUUAACAGCCCGACAAUGGACUUUUGUGAAUAUUGUCUAAAAGACCUCUCGAAACUGGGCCCAGACGAUUUGGUUUCUUGUGACCAUUGUGACAAGGCUCAAUACUGCUGCAGCACAUGUCAAAAGACAGCUUGGGCUGAAUACCACAAAUUCGCUUGCGCUGCCACUGACUUGACUGAAUAUACAGUAGAGAGUAAAUCAAAAAUAGCUCUCAUGGUGCUCAAGUUUAUGGGUCGAGUCAUCAAAGAGGACCAAGAAAAUCCUGAAUCUGCGUCAGAAAGCACAUACUCUAUCUUUGAUCAUGUUGAUCGAUUACAAUUCUUAGAAUUGAAGCCUUCAGCUACGGAUGAAAAGGAAUUGGCUAUGGUGUUGAGUGCGUUUGGUACAAAGGUGCCUCAGUUUGACGCAUUCUUGACAAUGGAGCGAUACAUGAUGUUGAAGGGCCGAUUUAUUUAUAAUGCCAUCGGAAUCUCAUUCCCUACCACCAAUACCGUAUUACCAGCAUCAUCAGAUAACGUCCGCUCCUCUACAUCUGAUCCAGCAAGUGGGUCUGGAGUAUAUCAAGUGUCAUCAUAUAUAUCCCACUCGUGUAGUCCAAACUCUACUAUUCGAUUCACUGGUGAUUCUCAAUUGGAACUUGUGGCCGACUCGGAUCUGAAUGACGGCGAUGAGAUCUUUGUUAGUUGGAUUGCCAAGGGUAAAGAUGGGCGAUCGAGACGAGAAGAGCUGCAUGCCAAGUACAGAUUCCGAUGUCAGUGUCCCACUUGUGCAUCUGAGUCAUGA